AUGGGGGUCAUGGACCUCACUGUAGGAGAUCUGACGCCCGAGAAGGGCGAGAAAAAAUGCUGCUGCUGUUGCUGCAGCUGCUUCGGCUUCGUCGUCUUCAUUCUCUUGGUCACUUCUUUCCAGCAGGUUAAUCGGCUGAAUGCGGGGCUGCUGAGAAACAGUCUCACCGGUGAGGUGGGCUUAGAGCGUGCAUACUUGCAGGGGCGUUACUUCGUGGGGUUCUGGAACGAGUUCUUGCACUUUCCCACAACCCUCAACACAAUUGAAUUCGCAGACGAAGCAGUCGAAGAAGGAGUGCAACAGCUGGGCAAGCUCAGGUCGCGAGACAAGGAUGGCAAGCAGAUUUGGCUAGAUGUCUCCGUCCAGUAUCGGAUCUAUCCGGAAGAGCUGCCGCAAAUCUACAGGGAGAUGACGAAGGUGUACGAGGAUGUCUACAUCUCAGAGCUGCGAGGAGCUCUGCAGCAGGUCACGAAUGAGUUCGCCAUUGAUCAGGCUUGGAGAGACUAUCCCAGCGUGCAGAAGAAGAUGCACGAUGUGUGCAAGGCCGUUCUACUACAACGCCACGCAGAGUGUUGGGGCCUUCAGCUCUGGGGCAUCCGUUUGCAAGUGGAAUACGAGAAUCAGCUCAUCCGAACGCAGGUGAGGAAGCAAGCAGAGGAAACGGCGAGAGCAACGCAGCUCCAGACAGAGUACCGCCAGAAGACACAGGUUGCCAACGUGACAAUCAUCAACCAGAAGGGUGUUGCCGACAAGAACCGGAUAGAACGUGACUCCGUAAGUGCCGCACAGUCGGCGUUGGUGACAGCACAAGGACGGAAGAGAGCAGCGGUGCAGCUGAGGCUGAAAAUUGUCCAGGAUGAGGUACAAUACCAGCGGAUACUAAUGUUGAAGAACAAGAAGUCUGCGAGCCCUGGCCACAUCUUCUUCUCUAAAUCUAAUGAACUUCGCAGUGAAGUCCAUCGGGCAGUCGCAGAAACUGGCUCUGCGUUGAGGCAUUUCGACGUCGCACCACGACAGCGCACUAUGCGUGCUCGCGGUUCCAUGUGUGAGAGGGCCGCGGUGCAUCCUUUCCGGGUGCUGCAUGCUGGCCCUUGUAGGCGGUGCCUUGUGGAAUGUCCCAGAGUACGUUUAGCCUUUAGCAGAAGGUGCAGGUAG